CCAUCGCAACAUUCUUCGCCGCCGCCUCCCCUUCCCCAUCGGCGCGAAUCCCACUCCCGGGUUCCGGCGCCUCCUCCCCCCACGCGGCGUCGCCUUUUCUUUCACCCCGUGCGGCGCCUCCGAUCCGUCCCGUCCCUCCGCCGCGGCCUCGCCUGUUCGGCGCGUUCCCUCCCCCCACGUUCCUGCCUGCCCGCCUGCUCGGCGCGUCCGCGCGUGGGGUUCGGCUGCUUCUUCCGGUCGGGAGGCGGAGCCGGUCCGUGGAAUCUGACCGGAUCGCUCGCGGCAUCCGAGCGAUCGAGGUCGGGCGAAGGCCCGGGGCUCUUCGAGAAGGGAGCAGCAGCAAAUGUGGCGCCUGUUCAAUGACCUGUGGGAUGUGCUAGGAUCCGGAUUUCUCUCGUCCAGGUUCCUCUGAUCCAUCUGUUUCGGCGCCUCAGCCCCCUGUCCCUGUGCGCGCGCGCGCGCGUCGGGAAGGAACUCGGGAUCGUCUGGUUGGUGGCAUCGGGAUUUGAGGGGAGGAGAUGGACGACGAGGAUUACUCGUGGGUGCGGCGCACGCGGUUCUCCCACUCCGUCGUCCGCUCUAACUCCGGCAGGGAGCAGUUUGGCGCCUUCGUCGAGCAGUUCAACCGCGGCACCGCGCUCAAGCAGAAGGGCCCCGACUCGGGGUUCAAACUCCAUGGCCUCAACAUGGAGCCAGGGACGAGGCCCCCCACCUCCUCCCGUCCGAGGACGAGCCCGCUGAGCACCCGGCCCGAGCCCACCAAGGACUCGUCUUCCGACGCCGAGCCGACGCAGCACGACAAGGCAGCCAGUGAUCGCUCGUCGCAGCAAGCAUCGGCGACGCAGGACGAUGCCAAGGUCGCGAAUGGGAAGAAAGGAAGAACCAACCUGAGCGUGGCAGUCCCUUGCGGGCCCGCAGUUCGGAGCGCGGAUGAUGAGCGCCCUGGAGCGCCCGAUUUCUCCUUCCACCCCGACGAGCAGAGCCUGAGGCUGCAGAGAACGUGCUCGAGCCCUGCUCCGUUUCCGAGGAAGAAAACGCCGGGCGAUGACUCCCUCACGCGCAGCUCGUCGCUUAGUCUGCUUGGCGAGGCGCCGAUGCUGAAGCAGAGGGCGACGUCGCCCCUCCCAUCUCGUCACGUUCCUGAAGUGUUUCAGGAAGCCAGAUCGGCCAGCAAGAGGUUCUCCACUCCACCGCCCCGAAAAUCCUCGUCUUCGCUAGACCUGAACGGGAAUCCACCGGUGCCGGUGAGGGCACCGGGCAAGCUGAAGCAUAGGAAGGAGGGCCAUGCCAACGGAAGGGCGAAGGUUGCUGCACUGGAGGUGCUCGAGAAAUGGUCCGUCGAUCGCUCCCAGCUGCUCAUUGGGCACAGGUUCUCGUCCGGGGCUCACAGUCGGUUGUUUCACGGAAUCUACAAGGAGCAGCCUGUUGCCGUCAAGUUCAUCAGACAGCCUGAUGACGAGGAAGAUGCAGAGCUGGCUGCUCAGCUUGAGAAGCAGUUCAACACGGAAGUUACCACUCUGUCACGACUCCAUCAUCCUAAUGUCAUUAAGCUGGUUGGAGCAUGCAGCAGUCCACCAGUAUUCUGCGUCAUCACUGAAUUCCUUGCUGGAGGUUCUUUGAGAGCGUUUUUGCACAAGCAGGAUCACAAAUCUCUUCCACUAGACAAGAUUAUCUCAAUUAGCUUGGAUAUUGCACGCGGCAUGGCAUACAUUCACUCGCAGGGAGUUGUCCAUCGUGAUGUGAAACCAGAGAACAUCAUAUUCGACGAAGAAUUUUGUGCAAAGAUUGUUGAUUUUGGAAUAGCUUGUGAACAAGAGUACUGUGACCCUCUGGCAAACGACACCGGGACAUUCAGAUGGAUGGCUCCAGAGAUGAUGAAGCGUAAAGCAUAUGGUCGAAAAGUUGAUGUCUACAGCUUUGGCCUUAUCUUAUGGGAAAUGUUUUCUGGCUCAGUACCUUAUGAAGAGCUGAAUCCUUUUCAAGCAGCUUUUGCUGUUUUUGACAAGAAUGUGAGGCCGGCCAUUCCUACUAACUGCCCAGCGCCAGUACGACUUCUAAUUGAGCAGUGUUGGACCUCGCAUCCGGAGAAGAGGCCUGACUUCUGCCAAAUAGUUCAAAUACUGGAGAAGUUUAAGACGGUCCUUGAAAGAGAUGGUACACUCGACAACAUGCCAAGCUCGAUCUGCCAGGAGACUCAUGAUCACAAGAACUGGCUUGCUAAUUGGGCCCAAAAGCUCAAGCAUAGCCAACCUGAUUUCUCUGGGCCGCCUCCACCAAAACUGUUGUAACUGUAUUCAGCACCUUCUCCCUUCCGAAAUUGCUAAUCCGAUAGGCCACAGGAUGUACUUCCAGCUCUUUUUAUGUCAGGUAGAUACAAAAAAAAGGAAACAAAUCGUUUGUUUGCCUUUCACGGUUUUACAGCACGACUAGCACUC